AUGCAGCUGAUUGGCUGCUACAUCCUGACCGUUCAGGAUGUGGGGUGUUGGCGGCGGCGCCGUGCCUCCUCCACGCCGCCGAAGCCAAAGGCAGCGCCCAAGAAGAGGUUCCAGGAGGACAGCGAGAACCAGGACCCUGCGCUGGCCACGCCGCCCCCACGACAGGCGCCAACUAGUAGGCCGCCGUUCGGUGCCCCUCGGUGGAACAAGAAUGCCAAGGAGGCCAUCAAGUCCAGUGCGGAGAAGCGGCCGGACAAUUCUGAGAAGGAGGCGCUGCUCAACAAGUACGCCCCGCCGAGGCAGCUCAAGAGCACCCUCUCAGCGAGGAAUCUCUUCUUUGGAAAGGAUAUACUUGGCCAGAUUUCGGAGUUCUACGAUGAGCUGAAGCGGAUGGUUGGAGGCGGCUGGCCUGUCACAGACACACAGGAGGAAUACAGCUCAAACCCAAUGAAUCCGAGCGAUUUGAUGGAGAAGGUAUCUCCUGAUGCCAGCGUCAGCAAUCCAGUUCCCGCAGAUACCGUGAAGGAGGUGGCGAGACAAGAAACAGUGAAAAAGAGUCCAAGCCCAAUGAAGGGAAAGAAAGUGGGGCUGAAGGUGGAAGCAGGGAAGCAAAGGUCUCCCUCUGUGCUGAAGGAAGUGAAGGCAAGGCAACACCGCCCACUCCAACGGUUUCCAUCCAUCCCCAUCGCCAAACCGCAUUAA